AUGGCUCAGCUGCUGUCUCAGCCAAUGAGGAAGGAGAGUCUCCGGAGAGCCAAUGCUCUUGUGCACAUCACUGUAACCAAGCGGAGCUCAGGAAAUAUAUUUGUCGUUAGUCUGGCUGUGGCAGAUCUUGUGGUGGCCAUCUACCCAUAUCCGUUGGUACUGACAUCGAUAUUUAGAAAAGGAUGGAAUCUUGGAUAUCUCCACUGCCAAAUUAGUGGAUUCUUGAUGGGAAUAAGCGUAAUAGGAUCUAUAUUCAACAUUGCUGGUGUUGCAAUCAACCGUUAUUGUUACAUUUGUCAUAGCCUCAAAUACGACAAAUUAUACAGUGACAAAAAUUCAUUGUUCUAUGUGAUUCUGAUUUGGGUGCUAACAUUCAUUGCCAUUGUGCCAAAUUUAUUUGUUGGAUCUUUACAAUAUGAUGCUCGGAUCUACUCAUGUACAUUCUCCCAGUCUGUCAGCUCCACGUAUACCAUAGCAGUGGUAUUUUUCCAUUUUAUACUCCCGAUUACUAUUGUAACUUUUUGCUACUUACGUAUUUGGAUCUUGGUUAUACAGGUGAGACGUAGGGUAAAGCCUGAUAAUAAACCUAAACUGAAACCUCACGAUUUCAGGAACUUUUUGACCAUGUUUGUGGUUUUUGUGUUAUUUGCAGUCUGCUGGGCACCACUGAACUUCAUAGGCCUGGCUGUGGCCGUGAACCCAGACACAAUUCUCCCCAGAAUUCCUGAAUGGUUAUUUGUUGGCAGUUAUUACAUGGCAUAUUUCAACAGUUGCCUUAAUGCUAUUAUAUAUGGUCUCUUGAACCAGAAUUUCAGGAGGGAGUACAAGAGGAUUAUCAUUUCUAUUUGUACUGCAAAGUUUUUCUUUCAAGAAAGUUCCAAUGAUGCAGAGAAGAUUAAAAGCAAACCAUCACCAAUGUUGACAAACAAUAAUCAGGUCAAGGUUGACUCCGUGUGAAUUUGGAUCAUGUUUGCAUAUGUAUAUCUUAUUAAAUGAGAACUCCAUUCACAAAAAAACAUAAUGUUUGUUCUUACAUUGGUUUUGUUCUUUAGAUUUUUCUAUUUGUUUUUGGCUUUACAAUUCCACUACUUCAGAGACAUUAAAGGGUAUGUUUCUGGUAUGCUGACAUUGGCAAUUAGUUAAAACUAGGGGUGGUCUGGGACUCUGGUGCCAACUGGAGAAAAAGGAGGGCCCACUGUGUUCUGGGAGAAAAUGUGUCGUGGUGCAGUGCAAAGUGUAGCUUAGAGACACAGGAUUAAACAGAAGUUAACUACAAAUAACUUUAAGGUCACUGAAAGUCACUGAAAGAUACAGGAAAACACAUAGAUGACAACCCAUCAUGAACAAACUGACUUGUGAACCAUGGAUGCCAGCAGCUAGUUUAAAGGGGUUGUAAGUGUAAGAGUACAAUUUUGUUUUCCUAAAUAGCUUUCUUU